AUGUCGAGCUCAGAGAUUAAUCAGGUGCUCGCCAACUCGCUGUCUCCGGACGCGAACCUACGAAAUGCUGCCGAGCAGCAGCUUAACCAGGCUGCGGAGAGUAACUUCCCGCUCUACCUGGCGACCCUGGUACAAGAACUUGCCAACGAACAAGCAGAGGGGCCCAUCCGAGUCGCCGCCGGUUUGGCCCUGAAGAACGCUUUCACAGCCCGAGACUUUCAGCGUCUGCAAGAACUUCAAACCAAGUGGCUACAACGGACAGACGAGGAUACCAAGUCGCGCGUAAAGCAACUCACCCUGCAAACUCUUUCGUCCAGCAAUGCCCAAGCCGGCAAUGCUGCUGCCCAAGUCAUCUCCUCCAUUGCUGCCAUCGAGCUGCCUCGCAACCAGUGGACUGACUUGAUGCCCUUUCUGGUCAAAAACGUUACCGAGGGCGCCGAUCACCAGAAGCAGGCCUCUUUAACCACCAUCGGUUAUAUCUGUGAAAGCUCCGACUCGGAGCUUCGAGUUGCUCUAGUCUCUCACUCAAACGCCAUCUUGACCGCUGUCGUUCAAGGGGCCAGGAAAGAGGAGGCCAACAAUGAGGUUCGCUUGGCCGCUAUUACCGCCCUUGGCGACUCGUUGGAGUUUGUGAGUAGCAACUUCAAACAUGAGGGAGAGCGAAACUACAUCAUGCAGGUUGUCUGUGAGGCCACUCAGGCCGACGACUCGCGUAUUCAGCAGGGCGCCUUUGGCUGUCUUAACCGAAUCAUGGCUCUGUACUACGACAAUAUGCGCUUCUACAUGGAGAAGGCCCUGUUUGGCCUGACUAUUCUUGGAAUGAAGUCGGAUGACGAGGAUGUUGCCAAGCUUGCUGUCGAAUUCUGGAGCACUGUCUGUGAGGAGGAGAUCAACAUCGAGUAUGACAACGCCCAGGUUGAGCGUUCAGACCAGAUGCGCAACUUUUACAACUUUGCACGCGUUGCUGCCAACGAAGUUGUCCCCGUGCUUUUGUCGCUUCUUACGAAACAGGACGAAGACGCCACUGACGACGAGUACAACAUCUCCCGCGCUGCCUAUCAGUGCUUGCAGCUCUACUCACAGGCCGUUGGUGCUAGUAUCAUCACCCCAGUCUUGCAGUUUGUUGAGGCAAACCUGCGCUCUGAGGAUUGGCACUUCCGCGACGCUGCUGUCUCGGCUUUCGGCGCCAUCAUGGAGGGCCCAGAUGAGAAGGUCCUGGAUCCCAUCGUCAAGCAGGCUCUUCCUAUCCUGAUCACCAUGAUGGAUGAUCAGUCUUUUCAAGUCAGGGACUCCACAGCCUUCACUCUGGGACGUGUUACGGAUGCGUGCGCAGAUGCUAUCGAUCCCGUUCAGCAACUCCCUACUCUCAUCGAGUCAUUAUUCAAGGGCCUCAUGAGCAACGCCAAGAUGGCUCCUUCAUGCUGCUGGGCUCUCAUGAACCUCGCUGAACGAUUCGCUGGCGAUGUCGGCGCUGCUUCCAACCCCGUGACGCCUCACUUCAACCAGGCCGUCAGCUCACUGCUCGAUGUCACGGCCAGACAGGACGCCGAAACUUACGUGCGCACCGCCGCCUACGAGGUGCUCAAUGUCUUUGUGCAGAGCUCCGCUUCAGAUAGUCUGCAGGCCAUUGCCUCGCUAUCCGAUGUCAUCAUCAAGCGUCUGCAAGAGACUGUUCCGCUACAGUCUCAGGUUGUCAGCGUAGAGGAUAAGAUUACCCUCGAGGAGAUGCAAAACAGCUUGUGCACGGUUUUGCAGGCCAUUGUCAUUAGACUUGAUAAGGAUAUCGCGCCUCAAGCUGAUCGUAUUAUGGAGAUCUUGCUCCAGAUCCUCAACAGCGUCGGAGGCAAGUCUAGCGUCCCCGAGGCUGUUUUCGGAACAAUUUCUGCCCUCUCUACAACAAUGGAGGAGGACUUCAUCAAGUACAUGGAUGCGUUUGCUCCUUUCCUGUACAAUGCUCUAGGAAACCAGGAAGAGCCCAGUCUCUGCUCCAUGGCUAUUGGUCUGGUCAGCGAUAUCACCCGCUCCAUGGGAGAGCGCAGCCAACCAUUCUGCGACAACUUCAUGAACUAUCUACUUAACAACUUGAGGAGUACCGCGCUCUCCAACCAGUUCAAGCCUGCGAUCCUCCAAUGCUUCGGCGACAUCGCCGGUGCCAUUACUGGACAUUUUGAGACUUAUUUGUCUGUCGUGGCUCAGGUUCUGGAGCAGGCCUCAACAGUCACUGCUACACCCGACGGUCCCAUUGAGAUGGUUGACUACGUGAUUUCUCUUCGUGAAGGUAUCAUGGAUGCCUGGGGUGGCAUCAUUGGUGCCAUGAGGUCUAGUGGCAAGACGCAAGCUCUGCAGCAAUACGUCCCUGCAAUCUUUAACUUGCUUGGCCAGAUUGCCAACGAUACCAUCCGAAGCGAGGGAUUGUUGCGUGCGAGCAUGGGCGUUAUUGGUGAUCUUGCUGAGGCUUACCCCAAUGGUCAAUUGGUGGACGCAUUCCGCCAGGAGUGGCUGACGGCCAUGAUCAAAGAGACCAAGACCAACCGCGAGUUCAAGCCGCAAACCAUUGAGACUGCUCGCUGGGCUCGGGAACAAGUCAAGCGUCAGCUUGGAGGCGCUCAAACCGUAAUGUCUUGA